AUGCGGUCACGAACGUUCCCCUCUUCAGUAUCAGCAGCAGCAACACUCCUCCUCCUCUCAACAACAACACUCCUCUCAACAACCCCUUCCUUGGUCGCCGCAGACCUGGCCUGCACACAACUGGGCGCGGACACCUUCCACGUCGGAUCAACCCUUAAAUUCACCUGGUCUGACACCCAAACCGUCGAGAUCAACACCUUCGACCUCAACCUCUACUGUGCCGAAAACGAGACCUUCCUCCAGACAAUCACCAGCCUCAACUCUUCCUCCCCCGCCACUUUUCCAUGGAUCGUCAACUCUUCUAUUUCUGCAUUUUCUUCGUCUUGUCAGUAUAACACCCCUUCAGGCUUCGGCGAAGAACAUCAAUUCCAUGGAGCAUUCGACUGGACUUCGACAGACUCGGACACCGGCGCCGUGACAAAGAACUCUGCGCGCUGCAAGGUCAUGCUCAUGAUCGCCGAUACCCCCGGCGCUCCUGGAUCCUCCACCGGCUCCGAUGGCGGCACCUUUGAUGACGAACCCUCACCUAGUUCUAUCGUUGUCUCGGAUAAGACGAAAACUAUCGUCAUUGGAGUUGGUUGUGCGGUCGGAGCGUUGGUCCUGGCGGGUGUGAUUGGGUUCUAUGUGAUUCGGUAUUCGAACAGGCGCGCAGUGGAGGAGCAGAUGUCGAAGAAGUUGAGGGAGCCUAUCCAUUCCGGUCCUCUCUUUGCGCCCAUGGAUAGGAACAAUGGUGGGAAUGGUGGUGCGGGCAGUAAACGGUAUAAUGAGCUGUCGUCGAUCACGACGGAGAGUGAGACGAUGGGACAUAGCCCGGCCACGACGGCGCGUACGACAGAGAUGGUCCAGUUUAAUGGAGUCACACCUAUCGGAACCCCUGUUAUGGGCUCUAACAGCACCGCGUUGGGAUCGCGUUCGCCUACCCCCAUCGCCGCUGCCCACGCCAAAGCUGCCGCCGCCGCCGCUGCUGCAGCUGCAGCUGCUGGAGGAAACGGAAACUCGCCUUCAAUGUUAAGCCCCCGUUCGUCUAUUACUCCCCCCGCCCUAGCGCAUCACUAUUCUUCAGGAGGAGAGCGCCCAUCAUCCUUGUUGACCAGCCCCUUCGUCCCAGCUGACGAAGCGCAACAACAGCAUUAUCAGAAUGAGAUUCAGAUGCAGCAGCAGCAACACCAGAUCCAGCAACAGUUGCAGCAGCAACAGCAGCAAGCCGCCUACAGCAACGGAUACUAUUAG